AUGGAACAAAUGAAAGAAAAAUUUUCUAAGUUGCUUUUAGGAGAGGAUAUGUCAGGAGGAGGAAAGGGUGUUUCAUCAGCUUUGGCUUUAUCAAAUGUCAUCACAAAUCUUGCAGCUUCGGUGUUUGGAGAACAACAUAAGCUAGCCCCGAUGAAAGAAGACUCGAAAAAGAGGUGGAGAAAAGAAGUCGAUUGGGUCUUAUCCGUAACGAAUUAUAUCUCAGAGUUUGUCCCCGUCCAACACACGGCCCGAGAUGGAUCAAAUAUGGAGAUUAUGGUGACAAAACAAAGAAAAGAUUUGAUCAUGAACAUCCCUGCAUUAAAGAAGCUUGACAAGAUGCUCACUGAUUGUCUAGACAAUUUCAAAGAUCAAAAAGAAUUCUGGUAUGUGUCGAAAGACGCCAAUGAGUCCGAAAAAGGAGUCCAAAGAAACGAUAAAUGGUGGUUACCGACCGUUAAGGUUCCACCGGGCGGGCUAUCGGAAGAUUCUAGAAAAUGGAUGCAAAAACAAAAAGAUUGUGCAAAUCAAGUUUUGAAAGCUUCUAUGGCUAUUAAUGCUGAAGUGCUUGCAGAAAUGCAGAUCCCAGAGACUUACUUGGAGACUCUCCCAAAGAAUGCGCGGGAUAGCCUAGGAGAGACAAUUUAUAAGAGCAUUACAGUCGAGUUUUUUGACUCGGGCCAAUUCCUGGCAUCCAUGGACUUUUCAUCCGAACACAAAGUACUCGACUUGAAAAACAAAGUGGAAGCUUCAAUGAUUAUAUGGAAACGCAAAAUGACCCAAAAAGAGUCAAGAUCUUCUUGGGGUUCAUCUGCAAAAAUGGAAAGAAGAGAGCUUUUUGAAGAGAGGGCGGAAACUAUUUUGUUACUCCUCAAACAGCGGUUCCCGGGACUUCCUCAAUCGUCAUUAGAAAUGAGCAAGAUCGAGUCCAAUAAAGAUGUUGGUCACGCGGUCUUGGAGAGCUAUUCAAGAGUAUUAGAAAGUUUAGCAAACACGGUGAUGAACCGAAUCGAGGAUGUACUCUAUGCAGAUGAAGUGGCGCAAAAUUCAUCAGAGUCAAACGACGAGGAAUCCGAUCAAACAUCUACUUCAACAACAAUAUCGGAUGUCAUGGGGUGGAAGGGUGCUCAAGGAGAAACAUAA